GCUUAAUCCAUUAUGAGGCUGGCACGCGUCAGCGUCGCCCCCGACACCGAACGUACGUGUGUCGCGACGUAAACACAACCAGUGAAGUGAACAGCAGUUACUGAUAAAGUCUUCAUUAUACUAAUUAGACUCAUUAUCUGUGAAAAAGUAACUGUUUUAAUUAUUGUCUCGCUGCAUACGAUUAAUACAAAUGUGUUUGGAAAAUGUUUCAACUGCUGACUCUUUUGUUAGUGACUUUGAGUGUUAAUGCCGCUUAUGGUCCGAAAGGCUUGGAUAAUUGCAACCACCAUUUGGGAAGUGACAACGCUGGCACCUGGUGCCGGGUGCGGACUCUAGAUGCCGAAGGAGCCAGUUUAGCAUCUGCUCCCACAGAGCUUACUAAACGUUUAACAGUGGAGUGCAAUCAACUACUACUCUUCGAAAGUUACCUGGAGGCUAACUAUUUUCAAAGAUUUUCUUCACUUGCGGAACUUACUGUGCACAAUUGCAAACUUCUCCGGGUACCAGGCAACACUUUCGAAGGAUUGCGAGAACUUAAAAAGUUGUCAGUACGUUCUAAAAAUAGCGACUGGAGUCCGAAUAAAAAUUUGGAACUGUCACAUGGAACCUUUAAUGGUUUGAGAGAACUUCAAGACUUGGAUUUAGGCAAAAAUAAUUUGAAAGCUAUUCCCUCUGAUGUGUUCUGUCCUUUGGAUAAUUUACAAGUUCUGAAUCUCACUAAUAAUAAAAUCAGAAGUGUAGACCGACUCGGUUUCGGCAAAAGCUGCGGUUCCGGCGUGCGAAGUUUAGAUUUGAGUCACAAUGAGCUCAAGUCUUUAUCAGAAGAGUCAGAAAUUGCAGGCUUACGUAGACUUCAAGAGUUGCGACUUCAGUAUAAUAAUAUAAGUGAUAUUUCCAGUGAAACAUUCAAUGGACUGAUUUCCCUUAGAAUAUUGAACAUUUCCUACAAUAACCUUCAGUUGAUACCCGAAGGUACAUUUGCAAAUACAAAAGAGUUACGAGAAGUUUAUUUGAAUAAUAACCAGCUAUUUGAGUUAGCUAGAGGCGUAUUCCACCGAUUAGAACAGCUGCUUGUCUUAGAUUUAUCGAAUAAUCAACUUUCAAGCGCUCACAUUGAUGGCGGAACGUUUACUGGCCUCAUACGCUUAGUCAUUUUGGAUUUGUCUAAUAAUGCUCUAACAAGGAUAGAUGGUAAGACAUUCAAAGAUCUUUUCUUCUUGCAAAUAUUAAAUUUAAGAAAUAAUUCAAUCGGUUAUAUUGAAGAGAAUACGUUUCUUCCUCUGUAUAAUUUGCACACGUUGAUUUUGGCAGAAAAUCGUUUACAUACGAUUGAUGAAUUUUUGUUUAAUGGACUUUUUGUGUUAAGUAAACUUAAUCUAAAUAAUAAUUUGUUGAUUAAUAUUGAUCCUAAGGCAUUUAAAAACUGUUCAGAUUUGAAAGAAUUAGAUUUAAGCUCUAAUCAAUUACCAGAUGUACCCUCUGCAAUUUGGGAACUGUCACUUUUGAAAACUCUAGAUCUCGGCGAAAAUUUAAUUUCAAAUAUAAAAAAUGGUUCAUUUAGAAAUUUAGAUCAGUUAACAGGAUUGAGGUUAAUUGACAACCAAAUUGGUAAUUUAAGCAUUGGUAUGUUUUGGGAUCUGCCAAGUUUACAGGUAUUAAAUUUAGCCAAAAAUAAAAUACAAGCUAUUGAAAGAGGCAGUUUCCAAAGAAAUAAGCAGAUAGAAGCUAUAAGACUCGAUGGAAAUUUUAUAUCUGAUAUCAAUGGAGUAUUUUCUGCAUUAAUGAGUUUGUUAUGGCUUAAUUUGUCUGAAAACCAUCUUGUUUGGUUUGAUUAUGCAUUCAUUCCUAGUAAUCUGAAAUGGCUUGAUGUGCACGGUAAUUUUAUUGAACAUCUGGGAAACUAUUAUAAGCUGCAAGAUGAACUUCAUAUAAAAACAUUAGACGUAAGUUAUAAUCGAAUUACAGAUCUAUAUCCGCUCUCUAUUCCUAAUAGUGUAGAAUUACUGUUCAUUAACAACAACCAUAUAAAUAACAUCGUUGUAAAUACGUUUAUGGAGAAACACAAUUUGACUAGAGUUGAUAUUUACGCAAAUGAGAUAUCUCAUUUAGAUCUAAAUAGCCUGCAGUUAUCCCCAGUUCCUUUAAACAAAUCUUUGCCUGAGUUCUAUAUUGGAGGAAAUCCGUUCAACUGCGAUUGCUCAAUGGAAUGGUUGCCUUUAAUAAACAAUAUGACAGCAAUGAGACAACACCCUCGGAUUAUGGAUCUCGAGAACGUAUUAUGUAAAAUGACACAUGCAAGAAGUGUGACGCACAUACCCCUAAGUAAUUUAAAAUCAACCGAUUUCUUAUGCACCUAUGAGACUCAUUGUUUCACACUAUGCCAUUGUUGUGAUUACGUGGCUUGCGAUUGCCAAAUGACGUGCCCAAAUAACUGUUCGUGUUAUCAUGAUCCCACUUGGCACACGAACGUAGUCGAUUGUUCCAGCCAACGUGCUAUAGAAAUACCAGAAAAAAUUCCUAUGGACGCCACCGAGGUCUAUUUAGACGGAAAUGACUUCAAAGAAUUGCAAAAUUAUGCAUUUAUAGGCAGGAAAAAUAUGAGAUCUCUUUAUGUAAAUUCGAGUGAAGUUGAAAACAUACAAAACAAGACGUUCGCUGGUUUAUCCUCCCUCAUUAUUUUGCAUCUCGGUAACAAUAAACUAAAACACUUAGACGGUCACGAGUUUGAACAUCUGAGUCAGCUUAACGAACUCUAUUUGCAAGAUAAUUUUAUAAGUCACAUUGCGAACUCAACAUUUUCUACGUUAACUUCAUUAAAAAUUUUAAGACUAGAUGGUAAUAGGCUAAUAGAUUUUGCUGUUUGGAGCUUGGGUAAUAAAAUUAAUUUAAAAGCUGUAGCGCUUGGUAACAAUUUGUGGUCAUGCAAAUGUAGAUACUUACAGAGAUUUACAGCUUUUAUAUCAGACAAUGUUCCUAAAAUUAUAGAUAUAACAGAUGUAUGGUGCUGGAAUAUCGACUCUCCGUCGCCACAAAAGAAAGAGCUCAACCUUAAUGGUACAAUAUGCAGCGACUAUUAUGCGGGAGAUUCUGUUAUAGAUAACAUGUUGGUCUCAAAUUAUAUGCCUAUGAUGGUAACCACACUUACUGGAUUUAUGCUCAUCAUGCUAGUCAUCCUCGUGAUUUUCUUAUUUAGAGACACGAUUCGCAUAUGGCUCUAUACAAGCUGUGGGAUAAGAUUGUUUCCAUUCACUGGAGCGUACGACGACACUGAUAAAUUAUACGAUGCUUAUGUCUGCUACAGCCCAAAGGAUGAUGAUUUUGUUAUUCAAACGUUAGCCGCUGAGUUGGAAAAUGGAAGCCCUUCGUAUCAUCUCUGUUUACAUUAUAGAGAUAUACCUCAACAUGGUGUGAAUUAUAUGCAGUGUACGUUACCAUUACCUGAAGCUGCGGAAGCUUCCAAAAGAAUAAUUAUAAUCUUGACCAGAAAUUUUGUAGAGACCGAGUGGUCCCGCUUUGAAUUUCGACAAGCGUUGCAUGAAAUACUGAAAUCACGAAUUUAUAGUUUAGUUAUCAUAGAGGAGAGUUCGGUUUUGCCCGAGGCGGAAAGUGAUCCAGAUUUGAGGCCAUAUCUGAAAACGAGUUCGAGGAUACGGUGGGGCCAAAAUAAAUUUUGGGAGAGGUUGCGUUACGCAAUGCCGGACCGAAGAUAUAAAUCAAAGCCGUCUAGUUACAGGAACAAUAUAAAUUCCUAUACAAUGCGAAGUGGCAUGCAGAAUGGUACAAUGAGGUCGUUUUCGUUUACUGAGAAAAUAAGAGGCUCUGCGGAUGGGGUCAGUUCAACGCCCGAGUUUAAUGAGGAUAGACCGCAACAAGCUCAUAUUCCUUCAUACGGAACUGACGGUAGGCCACCUUCAGACCAUAUAUAUUCAUCUAUAGAUUCAGAUUAUUCAUCUUUAGAAUUAGGUGCAAAUAAUCCCAAUAGGAGGAGGGAAUUCAGACACUGGCCUCCUCCGCCACCCCUCAUAGAUACCCAGUCGUCAGGCCAAGCCUAUCUUGUCUAGUCCGCUUGCAAACUCAAUACUAAAAAUAGAUAACAUUUAGUCAAAGCUUCAUGUGAAUAUUGUAUUAUCGCAACGCGCGCUUUACCAAAUAAUUAAAAUUUUAAUCUAUUUUUGUAAUUUCUCGCCGUUUCAAAGGGCGUUCAUUUCAUAAUUUUGUUGUAAAUACAUUCUAUAAGACUGCUGUAGUAUAUUAUGAUUGUGAAUUUGUAUAUAAUGUGUAAAUAAAUGUCCAUAUAAGUCACGAGUAUACUAUUUAUAUACUUUAAUAAAGCCAUUGUGAUAAUUUUUGCAUAAUUUCUUAUCUUUUAUUUCCUCUUCGACAAUCUUAAAACCUUUUUAAUAAAAAUUAAAACCUAAGUUUACCCUG